AUGUCAGUGAUGCAGCACAAAAUACAAACCGACCACCGACCUACCAUCAGUUCAUAUCAUCUACUACAAACAGCAACUCAAAACAACCAAGGUCACCAACCAUCAUCAGCAACUCAAAACAAUCAAAAUCAUAUACCAUCAACAGCAACUAUCAGCAAUCCAGAUCAUCGACCAACAACAGCAACUCAUAACAAUCCAUAUCAUCUACUACAAACAGCAACUCGAAACAACCAAGAUCAUCUACCAUCAAUAGCAACUAUCAGCAAUCAAGAUCAUAUACCAUCAACAGCAACUAUCAGCAAUCCAGAUCAUCGACCAACAACAGCAACUCAUAACAGUCCGGAUCAUCUACUACAAACAGCAACGCAAAACAACCAAGCAACUCCAAACAAUCAAGAUCAUCUAACAUCAACAGCAACUCCAAACAAUCAAGAUCAUCUAACAUCAACAGCAACUCCAAACAAUCAAGAUCAUCUAACAUCAACAGCAACUCCAAACAAUCAAGAUCAUCUAACGUCAACAGCAACUCCAAACAAUCCGAAUCAUCUACCAUCAACACUAAACAAUCUAUAUCAUCUAUUAUCAACAGCAACUCAAAACAACCAAGUUCACCAACCAUCAUCAGCAACUCGAAACAAUCCAGAUGAUCUACCAUCAACAGCAACUCCAACAGCACUAAAUACAAGCCUACCACCGACGACAUUCCUUAACAAUCAAUACCAUCCAUUCAGCAAUAAGUCUGAAAACACCAUCCGCCCUUAA